AUGAUGAAUAUGAACGGCUUGUACAACAUCUUCACGACUGUACCAGGAAAGCAAAAGAGUUUCAAAACCAGGAAGAGACGUUUGUCUCCGAAAACUCUAGAGCUGAUACGUCAGCGUGGAGUUGCACAAGCUGUAGGUAACCAAGAACUCACAUCCGAGCUCGCAAAGUUCUGCAGAGAGGUAACAAAGGAAGACCACGAAAAGAGAGGAGCAGAAGUGUUGGCUGAAGCUGCAGAGGCGGGACAGAGCAUUCGCCAAUCGUAA